AUGGCCAAUCACCCCACACCCCCACAGCGGCACCAUGUCGACACCUCAUACUACCCCGUCCCCUCAUUCAGCAGCAGCAGACCCCAACCGCCCCUCAAGUCAGCUGCAGACCGCGUUGCCCCCACCCCAGGGGUCACCCCGUCAACCUGCACUGAGCCCAGGCCCCGCUCCCGCCGACUCUCCCCCGAGGCCCCGCCCACCGCGGAACCUGCCGUUACCGACACCGGAGCGGCCGUCAGUGUCCCUGUAGCCCCGCCCCCGCCGCCACUCGGGCCGAGGCCCCGCCCCCGCGGACCCCCCCGAGGCCCCGCCCAUCGCGGAACCGGUCGUUACCGACACCCGACAGCAGUCACUCUCCCUGUAGCCCGCCGUCCGUCACUCUCCCUAUGGCCCCAGCCUGUCCGUCACUCUCCAUGUGGCCCCGCCCCGGCCGUCACUCUGCCCGAGGCCCCGCCCCCUCCGACUCUCCCUGAGGCCCCGCCCAGCCCGCGGAACCGGCCGUUACCGACACCCGAGCGGCCGAGGCCGGGCCCGGAGCCGCCGCUCACCGCCACGGGGCUCGGGCCUGCGUCCCUGGCCGCCGCCCCCGCUACCGCAACGCCCGCCGCUUGCGACUCUCGCACCAUCACCGCCAUCAUGGCCAUCACCAUCAUCCCCGUCGUGCACCGCGCCCCUGCCCCCUUGCAGCUGUCUGCCAGCUCCCCGGGAAGCCGGUCGUCGGGGCUCUUCACUGGCCCCGAGUCUGUCCACUAG